AUGAUAACAGAUAACAUCACGCAGGUCAGAGAUGAACAGAGCAAAAUGGGUCAAACCAAUGCACUUUUUCUCAAUUCGAGGAACUCCUUUUUACAAGGCCGUUUUGUUAUUGCUCGCUCUGUUCUUGGUGGUCUUGGAGCCCGUCGUGGAGAAUGCAGGGCUGCUCUUGGCAAUCGAGAGGAAGCUGAAAUGCAGCGGAACAUCAACCAGCAGGAGCAGGAGUUCGCGGCGGUUCUUCGAUUUUGCAGCAAAACCAGGGAUCUGUCUCGGGGAAAAGAGAUUUACAGUCAAGUUCGGCGGAGUGGUGACUGUGCAGCGAGCAGCUAUCUCGCGAAUUUGACAAUCCAGAUGUUUGGAAGAUGCGGGAGCUUGCAAGAAGCAAGAGAGAUUUUUGAUCGCAUGGGCUCUGCGAGGAAUCGCUUCUCUUGGAACAACAUGAUCGCCGCUUAUGCCCAAAACGGCUAUGCGGAUCAAGCAAACGAACUGUUUGACAAAAUGGCAGACAAGAACAUUGUAGCCUGGAACACAAUGAUCCAGGCUUACAAUCAGGUGAGAGAUAUUAAAAAAGCGAAAGAAGUGUUCGAUGCAAUGCCAGAAAAGAACGGAGUUUCAUGGACUGCCAUCCUUACGGCAUAUGCCCAAUGCGGGCAUUUGCUAAAAGCAAAGCUGAUCUUUGACUCGAUGCCUAGUAGGGACAUCUUCCCCUGGAAUUCAAUGAUCCAAGCGUACGGACAAAGAGGGCAUCUCCAGGAAUUUCGCGACCUUUAUGAAAGAAUGCCCGAGCACGACAUUGUGACGUGGAAUUGUAUGCUUGACGUCUACACUAAGCAUCGGCACCUCAUUCAAGCCGACGCCAUGUUCCACACCAUGCUGGAGCGCAACGAGAUCUCUUGGACGAUAAUGACCGUCGGCCACGCGCAAAUCGGGCGGCUCCAGAACGCGAAAGCCAUCUUCGAAAGGAUGCCGGAAUGGAAUGUGGUGUCAUGGACGGCCAUGAUCGCUGGAUACGCUCAGAACGGGCACAUGGCCGAGGCACGAGGGCUGUUCGAUGCUAUUCCGGAACGCAACGUCAUCUCCUGGAACGCGUUCAUCGACGGCUGGAUCAACGCCGGAGAUCUAGAGGAGGCCGAGCGCUUGUUUCGACGAAUGCCAGGCUGGGACAUGGCCACAAUGGCGACAAUGAUCCGCGCCUACGAUCUAAGCUCCAACCUUAAGUCUGCCGUAUUGCUCUUUCACGUUGGUAUGAGCGAGCACAAUUUGAUCUCUUGCACGGCGAUGAUCUCCACCUACGUCGCUUCUGGAGAUCUUGGGGCCGCGAUCACGGUCCUGGAUGGAAUGCACGAGACGAACCUCGUUGCUCUGGACGUGAUCCUCCAGGGCUACGCCGCCACCGGCCAGCUCGAGGAGGCCAAGUAUAUGUUUGACAAUGUGAUGCCGGAGCACGAUACAAUGUCGUGGAAUGUUAUGUUCCAGGGGUAUGCCCGGCGGGGGCAUAUGGAGGAGGCCAAAGCUCUGUACGAGAGAAUGCCCGAGAAAGACCUCGUUUCGUCCACCUCCAUGCUCCAAGCUCUCGGCGAAAACGCAUGCUUGCAAGAGGCAAAGCACGUCUUCGACGCUACUCCUCACUGUGAUAUCGUGCUGUGCAAUGCGCUUCUCCAGGCCUUCGCGCAGCACGGCUACCUUCCAAACGCCAAAGCUCUCUUUGAUUCCAUGGCAGAGAGAGACGUUGUUUCGUGGACUACCAUCGUCGGAGCCUAUGCCCGGAGCGGGCAUACGAUCAAAGCCAAGUGGAUGUUUGCUGCCAUGCCCGGGAAGAAAGAUCUCAUCGCCUGGAACACACUGAUCACGGCCUUGUCACAGUGUCAGGAUCACGGACGAGACACCAUCGAUGUCUUCACGGCGAUGCUCCUCGAGGCGUUUGAUCCCGACCAUUCAGCGUUUGUGAGCGUUCUCGGUGCUUGCGGCCAGCUCGGGCUGUUUGAGCAGGGAUGGAACUAUUUUCGAAACAUGGCCGACGAUCAUCGUGUCCGAGCAUUGGGAGCGCAUUACUGCUGCCUUGUGGAUCUUUGUGCUCGAUCGGGUCAGCUAGCCGAGGCCGAGGAUCUCAUCUCCAGCAUGCCUUACGUCCCAGAUGGAGUCACUUGGAUGGCGUUUCUCGCUGCUUGUAGGCUCCAAGAGGAUUCACAACGAGCAACAGCGGCUGCUUGCAGUGCCUCCACCCUCGGCAGCACCAUGUCGUCACCGUAUGCUCUCCUGUCCAGCACCUACAUCAUGACGUCGAGCCCAGCUAGGCCAUAG